UUUUUUUCUCUCAAUCAAAACCAAACACCACCUCUAUGGAAGAAGAACAUGUUGAAGCUACAAUCUACAAAACUCAUUUCCUUACUUUCACUCUCUAAGAACCUCUCACAAAAAUCUACAACACAUUUCUCUCAUUCCAAUCACAACCCAACCAUGUCCAUAAACUUUACCACCCACGCCUUCGCCGGAAACCCACUAAUCUCCAAAACCCAAAACAAAAACGAUCUAUUUUCCCCCACAACCGCUCUCGAAACCCUAAAAUCCCGAAUCACCGACAAUACCAACCACCACUCUCCGAAUUUCAAGAUACUUCCGUUCAGGAAUGGGAGGCCUCUCGCGACUGCCGGUGGUGGUGAGCCGUGGCGACUCGGUUGGAUUGGUGUUGGGGAGAUUAGGGGAGUGCUGGGGACUGAAUUGAAUGGUGAUUUGUUUGUGUAUUUGGGUUCGAAUGUUGAAGAAGAUGUAGUUUAUUGGACGAUUGAUGUGUCUGGGGAGAGUGGUUUUGUGGCGGAGUUUGGUGGAGUGAGGUUUAGUUUUGUUGAGUUGAGGACACUUAUGGUUGCUACUGAUUGGGUUGAUUUUAAAGCUAUGGGGAAUUUGGCUAUUGCUGGUCAUGCAAGAGCACUGUUAGAAUGGCAUAAUAUAUCACGUUUUUGUGGACAUUGUGGAGAGAAAACAGUCCCAAGGGAAGCUGGGAAGCGGAAGCAGUGUUCAAACGAAUCAUGCAAAAAGAGGAUAUAUCCACGAGUUGACCCGGUGGUCAUUAUGCUGGUAAUUGAUCGAGAGAACGAUCGUGCCCUUUUGAGCAAACAAUCCAGAUUUGUGCCUAGAAUGUGGAGCUGCUUAGCAGGUUUUAUAGAGCCAGGAGAAAGCUUGGAGGAGGCUGUGAGAAGAGAAACAUGGGAGGAGACUGGUAUUGAAGUUGGAGAAGUUGUAUAUCACAGUUCUCAGCCAUGGCCUGUUGGACCAAACAGUAUGCCAUGUCAGCUUAUGGUUGGAUUCUUUGCAUAUGCUAAAUCCCUGGAAAUUAACGUCGACAAGGAAGAGUUGGAAGAUGCUCAGUGGCACAGUAGAGAAGAUGUAAGAAAAGCUCUGACAUUUGCCGAGUACAAGAAAGCUCAAACAACAGCAGCAGCAAAGGUAGAACAAAUGUGUAAAGGAGUUGAAAAAACCCACAGCCUGUCUACUGAUUUCAAUGUGGAAAGUGGUGAACUUGCACCAAUGUUUGUUCCUGGACCCUUUGCAAUAGCCCAUCACCUUAUUUCCUCUUGGGCAUUCCCAGAUCAAAAUGUAAAAGGUACUGAAUGCCAUUCAAAACAGCCUAGUGGUUCUGUGUCUAAUUUGUAGUAUUGGCAGAUUGCUUUUGAAGACAACUUGGAUAUAAAGUAUAUCAUAUUAUUGUCAUAAACCUCUAGAAGGGUUAAGUGGCCAAAUGGGUUUCAAAAUUUUCACUUCCAACAGUUGUAAAGAGUAUGCACACCUAGAUUUGAAAACAUCUACCUUUGAUGUUGCUGUUAGCAGGCCCAAUAUAGUUUAUUUACAUGUAUUAAAUAGAAUAAGUAUGGAGAUUUACUUCCAUUCAGGUGUUUUUAUGUUGGUUUGGUUGAGAUAGAGUUGGCUCCUAGAGGUUUUGUUAGCAACUAGUAGUUAUUGUACUUUCUUUGUGAUCUUGUAACCAACUUUCAUAGUGUUAUUUAUAUUUCCAUAAUCAUACUUA